CUCUAUUAAAAGGUCGUUGAACUAUUGAAAGAAAAAAACACAGGUCUAACUGGCAGAGACUUCAGAUUCCCACAUGUGUUUCCACCAGACCAUUUACAUCUCUCCAAAACAUUUGCUUUUGCCAUAUUUGUUUAGACAUAACUCUCUCUCUCUCCUUCAGUACCUCUUAUUCUUCUGCUUUCCUUCACCAAUCCUAUCUCUUCUCUCUGGUUUUUAUGUUCUUUACAUCUCGAUUCACCCAUUUUAGGUAAACACAAAGAGUACCACUCAUCUUAGAUUCUCCUUCCUCCUCUUAGCUCUCACGUCAACUACUUCUGCUUCUGUCGGCUGUCUCUUCCCAGAUCUCAACCAACCUUUAUUAAAGACCAAAAAUAUUCUAUUAAAUGUCGGAAUCUGAUGAUGCUUCGCGAGACUUACCAGCUAGAGAAGGAGAAACCUCGUUAAAUCAAGAACUAUCCAAACCCGAAGCGACCAUCCCUGUUUCGCUCGAUCUCAAGCUCAACGAUAGUUUCAACGUUGAACAAAAGGGAACAAAGCAAGAACCCAACCCGAGAGUCUUCUCCUGUAACUACUGCAGACGCAAGUUCUAUAGCUCUCAGGCUCUUGGAGGUCACCAGAACGCUCACAAGCGAGAACGAACAAUGGCGAAACGAGCAAUGUACAUGGGAAGAAUGUUUGGUCACCAUCACAGGCCUUAUACAUACUCCUCCUCUUCUCUAGGGAUGCAAGCUCACUCCGGUCUACUUCACCACACCUUAUCCCAGCAGCCCCAUCCUCCUCCUCCGCUUGUAAGGUUUCAUCAGCAAGGGUAUUUUGGUAACAAUGUGCCAUUGUUCUUUGACUAUGAUGAUGGCAGUGACUUCUUCUGGCCUGGAAGUUUUCGUCAGGUCGUUGAGGAAGUUGAACCUCCCUUGGUGGUGGCUGUUACAGAGUCAGAUCUUGAUCUGAACUCGGCUGCAGCAAAUGAAAGUCUAGUAGAUAAUAAUAAUGGCUCAAAGCCUGAUCUUACCUUGAGACUGUAAGGUCAUCAUCAUCAUCUCUUGUGUUAUUUUUGUAUUGUUAGAAUUAUAGGAGAAGGUAUGUGGGAGACAAAUGACAGAAAUUGAUGGAAAACUUUUGUUGUUAUAUAAAUGAAGUUUGUUACAUUUUAAUAUUUCAUUAGAG